GUGUGAAGUAAGCAAUCUGUUCUCACUUGCUAUUUAACAGCAAAAGUACAACUUUAUCUCUUAAUGUAUUUGACUUAAUUACUUGGCUUUCAAUUAACAAUAUGAAAAACAUACUGAAAUUAGCUUGUGAUCUAUAAGAAAGAGAUUUAAGUAAUUUGAUCAAAGUAUUACAUGAUACUCAAAUUUUCUCUCAAAGGCAGGACUCCAACACCGCAGGUGGAAAACCAGCAAAAGGAACAAGACAGAAAGGAGGAACGGGAAGAUGAAAGACCGACUUCAAGAACUAAAGCAGAGAACGAAAGAAAUUGAGCUCUCUAGAAACAGUCAUGUAUCAACUACAGAAGCAGAGGAACAAGGGUUGUUUCUGCAGCAAGCUGUUAUCUAUGAAAGAGAGCCUGUAGCUGAGAGAUACCUCCAUGAAAUCCAAAAACUACAGGAGAAUAUUAACAAUUUGGCAGAUAAUGUUCAAAAAUUUGGGCAGCAACAGAAAAGUCUGGUGGCUUCGAUGAGAAGGUUUAGUCUACUUAAGAAGGAGUCUGGUAUUACAAAGGAGAUAAAAAUCCAAGCAGAACAUAUCAACAGAAGUUUGGAAGAUUUAGUUAAAGAGGUUAAAAAAUCAGAGGCUGAAAAUGGUCCAUCAUCAGUGGUCACAAGGAUACUUAAAUCUCAGCAUGCUGCAAUGUUCCGCCAUUUUCAGCAAACCAUGUUUAUAUACAAUGACACAAUAGCAGCAAAGCAAGAGAAGUGCAAGAUAUUUAUUUUCCGUCAGCUUGAAGUUGCUGGGAAAGAGGUACCUGAAGAAGAAGUAAAUGAUAUGCUUCAUCAAGGAAAAUGGGAAGUUUUUAAUGAAAGCUUACUGACGGAAAUCAGUAUCACUAAAGCACAACUUUCAGAGAUUGAACAGAGACACAAGGAGCUAGUUAAUUUGGAGAACCAAAUAAAAGACUUAAGGGAUCUUUUCAUUCAGAUAUCUCUUUUAGUAGAAGAACAAGGAGAAAAUAUCAACAACAUUGAAAUGACAGUGAACAGUACAAAAGAGUAUGUUAACAAUACUAAAGAGAAAUUUGGAUUAGCUGUAAAAUACAAAAAAAGAAACCCUUGCAGGGUACUGUGCUGUUGGUGCUGUCCAUGCUGUAGCUCAAAAUAAAGAAGCCACUUUA